GUUAUUUGAUAUAAUUUCACCGGUUAGCAUUUAUGUGAUGAUCGAAAAACACAGUGAAAUCAAACAUUCAAAAGUAGUAAUGAUGAAAUAGGUAAUAAUUUCCAAUGUAAAAACUUUCCAUUUAAAUGAAUUUCAGCGACUUCAAGGUAGAACUCUGGACAAUGAAAAAAUUAACUAACUAGAAUUACCAAACACAGCAGACGAUGUUCAAGCGAGAUGAUAACAAAAAUAAUACGUAGUUGAUAACAAUAUUUCACAUAUUGUACUAAACAAAUGAUUAUUUAAGUCGUUAUAAAAAAUGAUAGAAAAGGAUGGUUUAAAAAUGUGAGUAACAAAUCAGUUCUGGAAUAAAAAUGUGGUAGACUAUUUUAUUUAAUACGGAUAAAUAAAAAAGGAAUCAGUUAUUAUCAGUUAACACAUGAAUCAGCUCGAUUCUGAAGCGUAUAAACAUAUAUAUCUAACAACCAGAUCAACAAUUCUCAUAGGUACGUGGAAAGUCCGGACAAUGUGAUAGACCUGGUGGACCAGCCAAACAGCAACGGAUAUCAGGAGACACAACUUGGCAGUACUCAGAAUCAGCAAAACCCAUAGGACACAAGCUGGACAGCAAAGGCUAAAUGCGAUAGAGAUGCUGCUGUACUCCGUUCACGAAUAGGAAAAUGCUCCACACACUCAGGCAGUUGCUCUGAUACUGUCCAGAGAAACACGUAAUUCACUCACAGAAUGGGAAUCUCACGGAUCCAGGAUCAUCAUAGGAUCCUUCAGAACAAAGAAGGAGGGAAUCACAACGAAUGUUAUCCAAUGUUAUGUACACACUAAUGUUAACAACGACGACAAUAAAGAUCAGUUUUACGAAAGGCCGCAAUCAAUCAUAACGAAGUGCCCAAGAAGCGAUCUGACCAUCCUGAUGGGAGAUCUAAACUCCAAAACCGGAAUGGACACUACCGAAUAUGUGGAUAUCAUGGAACGACAUCGAGUGGGAGAAAAGAAUGAAAAUGACGACGGAUUUUCAAAUUUAUGUGUAUUCAACAAAUCGGUUAUAGGUGGUACAAUAUUCCUCCAUGAACGCAUACACAAAGAUAACUGGGUCUCAACGGAUCACACUACACUGAACCACAUUGAUCAUAUUCACAUCAAUAAGAUUUCCAGAAUGUCGAUGGAAGACGUGAGAAACAGGAGAGAAGCUGACAUAGCUUCAGAUAACCAACAACUGGUGGUUGUCGAUAUGAAACUGAUACUAAACAAACACUGGAUAACUAAAGAAACAGCAUUACAAAGGUUCAAUACAGUCUCCCAUUCAUAUACUGACAAACUUAUCGAAUUCAAGAUAACUCUCAACAACAGAUUCCAAGUCAUACAAGAUCUACUGAAGGAAGAGAGAAAAGCUAUUAUGGAGGACAACUGGAAGGAAAUCACAGAAGCACUGACUUCAAUGUGUCAGGAGGUUCUAGGCUGCACGAAGCAUCGUCAUAAGGAAUGAAUCAUCAUGGAAAACCUAGACAGCAUUCAAGAAAGGAAGAACAAGAAGAAAACAAUGGGCAACAGUGGAACAAGAACAGAGAAACUGAAGGCACAAGCUGAAUACACUGAAGCAGACAAGUAAGUGAAGAGGAGCAUUCGAGCUGACAAGUAGAAGUACAUGGGAGAGCAAGCAAUGACAGCGGAAAAUACUGCAAGAGAAGGAAAUAUGAAAGAAUUAUGUCAGACAGCGAAGAAACCAUCAGGGAAAUAUAGUAAACCAGAGAGACCGGUCAGGGACAAAGAAGGAAUAUCAAUCACUGAAAUUCAAGAACAGAGUGUGAGAUGGCUAGAACACUUCGAAAACCUAUUGAUUCGACCAGCUCCAUUGAAUCCACCCGACAUCGAAGCAGUACAAACAGACCUUUCAAUAUAUUCAGGAUGACCAUCAGACUUAUCAAUUGUGGGAAAGCAUGACGACUUGACAAUAUACCAACCGAAGCACUGCAUUCAGACAUUGAAGCAACUGCAAACAUGCUCUAUAUUCUAUUCAAGAAGAUUUAGGAGGACGAUUAGAAGCAAGUGCCGAUAGACUAGAAUGAAGGGCGCAUCAUCAAGAUUCCAAUGAAAGGAGAUCUGAGCAAAUGUGAGAACCACAGAUGAAUCACACUUCUGUCAGUAUCAGGAAACGUUUCCAACAGAGUGUUUCUGAAAACAGAUGACAGACGCAGUAGACGCCCAACAUCGAGACCAACAAUUUGGAUUCCGUAAGGAUCGGUCGUGCACAGACCAAAUUGCGACACCACGGAUCAUCGAUGAACAGUUGAGUGGAACUCGUCACUACACAAUUUCCGAUUUAUCGUACAAAUAUGGUGUCGUCCACCCAUUAAUUUUAUGAACAAGAACUUUAAUCUGACUGAUCGUCUAACCAUUGGCAGUUAUUUAAAAUCAUGGUUAGCUGAUGUGUUUAUAUCAUACAUAUAUGUCAAACUAAAAUAUAUCUUUAUGGGUAUUGGAUGGAUAACGCGAUAGUUGAAUAUUAUCAAACCAGAAGAUCUACAUUAAAUAAAAAUAUCGUAAUCAGAACUAAGAAUAAAAUUGAAAUGAUAAUUAGAAAAUAGUUCCCACACCAUGGUUUAAAUAUAUAGGCAAGCAUAAAAUUAAUUUAGCAAUCCAUUAUUCUAAAUUCCAACCACUACA